UGCUGGGCAUGCUCCCUGAGUGCCCCGCACCAGCAUGGCGGUCGUCUUCACCGAGGUGACUUUAAUUGUCGGUUUUCGGUUAUAGCCGGCCGGUGCUCGGUUCUCUUCAGAAAGCUCUGAGCGCCUGGUGGAGCCGGGGAAAGGAGGGCGGUGUACACGGGGGAAGAGGGGAGAGGGGACUGCAGGUAUCCGGGCCGGCUCCUGGCGAGAGGAAGAUGGCUGAGGGCGAGCGGCAGCCGCCGCCAGAUUCUUCGGAGCCUUCCCCUGCAGCCACUCAGAACUUCGUCAUCCCAAAAAAGGAGAUCCACACGGUCCCAGACAUGGGCAAAUGGAAGCGUUCGCAGGCAUACGCCGACUACAUCGGAUUCAUCCUCACCCUCAACGAAGGUGUGAAGGGGAAGAAGCUGACCUUCGAGUACAAAGUCUCCGAGGCCAUUGAAAAACUGGUCGCCCUUCUCAACACUCUGGACAGGUGGAUUGAUGAGACCCCUCCGGUGGACCAGCCCUCUCGAUUUGGGAACAAGGCCUACAGGACCUGGUAUGCCAAACUCGACCAGGAAGCGGAAAAUUUGGUGGCCACAGUGGUCCCCGCCCACCUGGCCGCUGCGGUGCCUGAGGUGGCCGUGUACCUGAAGGAGUCCGUGGGGAACUCGACGCGCAUUGACUACGGCACAGGACACGAGGCGGCCUUCGCUGCCUUCCUCUGCUGCCUUUGCAAGAUCGGGGUGCUCCGGGUGGACGACCAGAUAGCUAUCGUCUUCAGGGUGUUCAAUCGGUACCUUGAGGUCAUGCGGAAACUCCAGAAGACCUACCGGAUGGAGCCAGCCGGCAGCCAGGGAGUGUGGGGCCUGGACGACUUUCAGUUCCUGCCCUUCAUCUGGGGCAGCUCGCAGCUAAUAGACCACCCGUACUUGGAGCCCAGGCACUUUGUGGACGAGAAGGCCGUGAGUGAGAACCACAAGGACUACAUGUUCCUGGAGUGUAUCCUGUUCAUCACUGAGAUGAAGACCGGCCCCUUUGCAGAGCACUCCAACCAGCUGUGGAACAUCAGUGCCGUCCCCUCCUGGUCCAAAGUGAACCAGGGUCUGAUCCGCAUGUAUAAGGCCGAGUGCCUGGAGAAGUUCCCUGUGAUCCAGCACUUCAAGUUCGGGAGCCUGCUGCCCAUCCAUCCGGUCACCUCGUGCUAGGGGCUGAGCCGCCCCUGCGCCUGCCCCGCUCCCCUGCCCCCCAGCUCCAGCCGCCCCCGACCCCUCCCUCUGUUCUUUCUGUUUGCUGAGAGGCUGCCUUUUGGGGUGGGUGGUGAGUGUGGGGGUUGAGGGAGGCUCAGGGCAUGAGGCUGAAGGACCCGAAGCGAAGGGAGAAGUGACCAAAGUGGGCCCUGUCCCCCUGCCACGGGAGGGCCUGCUGGGGCCCUGGGCCUGUGCUCGGCCUUCCUCUCCUUCCUCCCUCUUCUGUCCUGUCCCGUUGGAGACCAGGGCUGUCCGGCACUCCUGGGAAGGGGAGGAGUACGCGGUUCCCAUUGCUUUCCUCUCCCAGGUCCUGUUGCCUCUCUAGGGGUUGGAGCAAGUGCUCCCUGUGGGGUGGGUCAGUUUUGUAAGCCAUGUUUAGGUGGGUGUCUGGCGGUUCUGGAGGCGGAGGCAGGCGCCCAGCCUGGGGUGGGGUUGGGGACCGAGAGGCAUCGGCUGCGCUGGCCGGGGCCCCUCCCAGCUGCACUUUGUGGCUGCCCCCCUGGGCCUGCAGGCCCCUGUGUCCGGUGCCUCUUCCUGGCUGCUCUUUUCUUUGGCCCUUGGCUUUGCAGGGUUUCCUGGCCAGACCCACUCCUGUCCCCCUCUGCAAGGGUAGCCCCUGGAGGUGCCGUCUGGGUAGGCACUGGGCGCUCAGGAGGGCCCCGGGUGGGCUUGCUCUGACUGAUUGAGUGAGGCCUGCCUUUCCAGAGUUUCUCAGGCUGGGAGGGGGUGGCUGAGAUACAGGGAGGGACUCGGGACCACUCUGGCUUCGGGGUGCCUGGAUUCUUCUCAUAUCUUACCUUCUGCUCCCAACUCCCUGCUGCUUGUUCCUCCAGGGGCCGGGGGCCACCGGAGCACUCAGCAGCUCCCCCUCCGUGUCCUCCCCUCUCCCCGAACCUACUCACUGGUUCUUUAGGAUGAGGCAGAGACGGCCCCCCCAGCCUGGGCUUUGGAUCUGAGGAUGGGCAGGGGCUUGGCGGGGCAGGGGUGGGCGGGUUGGUGCUGGUGUGACAGGCUCUUCCAGGCUCUCCCCAGCCAAAGCCCAGCCCUGCCCUUCUCCCCCCCCCCCCCCCCCCCAAUCUGCGUCCACAUCCCCUCUGGGAAGGGGGAGCUCCCAAGAAGCACAAAUCAGGGGCUUGACCGUCACACCUAGGCCGAUGGCCUGGGCAGAGGCCAGGACAGGAACCAGUAGAGUCGCCUCCCUCCCAGGGUCCAGACCGCCCUUCCGGGCCCCUCUCGCCCUGCCCCGUUCGGGCUCCCCCGGCCCCGUGCGCCUUCAUUGCUGUUCGGAUUAAAGCCUCUGUUUUGCACCUGUCA